UUCCCAAUCCUGCAGACGCAAUGGCUACAAAUUUUCAAAAUCCUUGCCUAAUGAAGAACAACAAUGAGUAUAAUUUACCAACCAAUCAUGUUACUGAAACCUCUUUAUCUGAUCUGCAUUUCUGGGUAAGGAAUACUCACAUGGCUUCAAUUCAAGAAACUUUAAAUAUGGUUCCUAGUGAUGACACUGAUGCUUGGAUUAUAAAGAACCGUCUAAUGGCAUUGCAGCAACUAAAGUCUGAUUUUCCUGAUCAAUAUUCCUCCAGUCUUAGCCUUUCUCCUCCAAGCAUGACCGAUUCAUCUGGGGAAAUAUCUCCAGUUGCAAUGUAUAAUCCAUCAGAUCUUGGAGCUUUCAAUAUUUCACCAUUGUCAUCUAGAAAUUCACUUUCAUCUGCAAAUAGUUCUUUGAAAGAUGCUCCUCUUACUAAUGAAAAAUGUAAAUUCGAAAAACAUGAUAGGCCUAUCAUGCAUCAACAAGAUGGAAUAAAAUUAGAAUUAAUGCUUGGAAGAAAUUUUUCAAAGAAUGAAAAAUCUUCUGGGGAGAAUUCUUUAUUCCGUGGCAAAUUACAAUCUGGAUUCAAAACUGAUCAAAGUACUGGAGUUAUUGAUAAAAAUACAAAGCAAUAUUUGUAUGAGAAGUCAUAUCAAGAAAAAGAAACAGGGCCAAAAAAUUCAAAAUCUGGAAGUAGUAAUGUAGACUGUUGUGAGACAUUUCAUUAUAAUCAUAUGGACAAGAAUAAAAAUAAUGUAGCUAAGUUGGCAAGCUAUGAUGUUGCUUCUUUGAUGGUUCUGAAAUCCACAACAGGCUUCUUUGAUUCUCAUUGUCAUAUUGAUUUAUUGUUGGCUCGUGAGAAGUUUCAAGGUACAUAUGCUGAUUAUAUGGCUCAGCAUAAAGAUAGUUAUCCGCAAAGCUAUAAGGGUUGUAUAGCAGUCUUCUGCAAGCCAUUGACAUUUGCUAAGAAACAAAUGUGGCAAAAACAUCUUGAGCAAGAUAAUGUUUGGGGAGCUUUUGGUUGUCACCCAAAAUCAGCAAAAUUUUAUGAUGGCAAAACAGAAGAAGAUUUGUUAAAUGCUCUGAACCAUCCAAAAGUUAAAGCCUUAGGCGAAAUUGGAUUGGAUUAUUCAAAGGGAAAUCAGUGUUCAAAGUUAGAACAACAUCAUGCAUUUAGAAGGCAAUUAAGAAUUGCCCAAGAAAGGAAACUGCGGCUGGUAAUCCAUUGUCGGGAUGCUGAUGCUGAUACUAUUAAAAUUAUGCAUGAAAUACUACCUAGAGACACGAUUUUCCACUUGCAUUGCUUCACUGGUAGCUGGAAAAGGGCUCAAAAGUGGAUACAAGAAUUUCCUAAUGUUUUCAUUGGAAUCACAAACUUGGUGACAUUCCCUUCUGCUACUCCAACUCAUGAAGUUGUUCGGCAGUUGCCUUUAGAACGUCUGUUACUAGAAACAGAUGCACCUUAUUUUGUACCUUCAGUGGUUCCCAAAGGUACUAAUUCUUCCCAUCCUGGUAUGGCCAUACAUGUUGCAGCUCACAUUGCUGCACUUAGAAAGAUUUCUGUGGAUACAGUUCUACACUGGACAUCUACCAACACACGAAUUGUCUACAACAUAACAUAAAAGCUUCAUUCUACUGUGAUAAUCGAGUCUAAGGAUGCUUACAUCAUCUACUGUCAUGAGGUUACUCGUGAUAUUUUUCUCAGGAUGGAAUCCUCAAGAGCAAACUGGAUUGCUGUAAACCGUACAGAGAAGUGUUUUUUGCUUCAGUUGAUAUUUUCUACCACUUUCAAGCUACUGAGCAUUUAUUUUGUUAUGAAAUAAGAAAUUUGUGUGUGUAUAUUACACAAGAGAUUUAUUUUUUGUCAAUGAAUCUCCUAAAUUGACUAUUCAAGCAUUUGGCUUACAGUUAGCACUAUAGUGGGUGUAAUUUUUGGGAGUGCAAGUUGAACUACUGUGAAAUGUCAGAAUCUUCUGUUUAUACCUGAAAACAGGAUCUCUGAACAGUCCACUUCUGAGUGAAAUGACAAAAUCAUUUAUAAUUGUGAUUGCUGUGAAUUUUUUUGUUUAAUAUGCCUUUAUUAGUUCUGGAAAUUAGUUGGCACUAAAUUUUUUACAUUUUAUACAUGAUUUUUUAUUUUCUACCAUCAAGUGUUCCUGUGGUGUCACUUUUUAUUUUUUUAAGUAGUACACAACUUGCGUGUACAAAUUUGUUAUAAAUAAAAUGUUCUUUAAUUUGAAAUUCAAAUUAAACAAAAAUUUAUAAUAUGCUAUUAAAUUUGCAACCCAAAUUAUUCUGGCAAGAUAUUUUUAACAUUUAGUUUAAUAAUAAAAAAAUUGUGAUUCUUUUAUUUAACACUAAAUUUAUUGUUAAAUUUACAAUUGAUUUCAGUAAGAAAGCACUAAUAAUCUAAAGUAUGUAAAUAGUUUGAUGAAUUUUAAAUGAAAUACAAUGUUUAAAAAUGAUUCCCUACUUUCCUCAUAUUGUUCCUUCCUGUAAUGUCAUUGAUAUACUCUACGGGAAAUAGGAAGUCCACUGCUGUGGUUUGUUUUAUUACAUUAUCCAAAUCUGCAUACAGUUUUAUGUAAGGCUAUUCUUUGAUUUUUGAAUUCUAUUUUAUAAGUUAGUUCUUAUUAGAUUGUGACCAAUUUUAUCACUGAAAUAAAAAGUAAUCCCCUUUUUAUUAAUUUGCUUUUUGAAUAUUUUAUAAAAUAAAAAUAUUAAGCAUAUUUUAUGAAAUAAAAACAUUAUUCUUAACGUGAUUGAAUAUUAACAUUAAUUUUGUCGACUUUACUUUUUAACUCAACCUGGACAUAUUUCCUAUAGCUUUCAUAGUUUAUGCUUUAAGUAGCAUUUAAAUGAUAACUUUUCAAAAAUCUGUCUUCUAAAAUAUUCAGCUUUAUACUGUUUAAAAUACAAUUGGAAGAGCAUUUGGCAGUUCAUUUUAUGUAUUAACUCGUUUUUCUUAAUUCA